UUAUUAUCAUUCUUAACGUUGAGAAUUUUGAGGCGUUUUGGUUAAGAUGCCAAAAGACGCGAAAUCAAGAGGAAUUAAAAAAGUUUCAGGGAAGCGGGCGAAAAAAGAUCCAGAUGCUCCUAAGAGAGGGUUAUCGGCUUAUAUGUUUUUCGCACAAGAACAUAGGGAAUUGGUAAAAACAGAGAAUCCGGAUGCAACAUUCGGUCAAAUUGGCAAAAUUCUUGGUGAAAGAUGGAAGAAUUUGUCUUCUAAAGACAAACAGCCAUACGAAAAUAGAGCUAGAAAAGAUAAGGAACGAUUUGAAGAUGAAAAAUCUCGAUGGCGUAAUACUCAUGUGUCAUGUACGACACAUGAUGAUGAAUAAUUGUGUUUUAUAUUAGCAAUAUGAUUGUUUUUUAUUUGAUGAAUGG